AUGGACUCUACAGAGUAUGUGCUCUGAGGCAGGAAGGGUCAUCUGUGUCCUGCAAGGAUCUUGUUGAGAACCAGGACCUCAGCCCAUAGUAAGAGAAAAGGGGUACCUUUCCCAGAGGUGCAAAUCCUGCCAGUGGGUGAGAAGAGGAGAGUGAGGAGCACUGGGGCGAAGCCCCUAAGCAAGUCUGAAAUCCUAACCAUGGCAUCCUUGGCAGGAAUGGAGUCACAGGGCAGUGGCUCGCCAGGGCAGACCAAGGUAUACAGGAGAGUCCUCAAGGUGGUACUGUAUGAUCUGGCCAAGGGAAGGCACUUGUCUCCAGGAGGAAAGGCAGGUGGCCAAGGAACCAGCAUGGAGGCUACAAAGGUUCCCGAAGAGCAGGCCAGCUCCAGCUGCAGCCCAGCCAAGAAGCUUUGCCUCCAAGCAUGCAGCCAGAAAGGCCAAGGGCUCUCCCAGAGGAGUCCUGGGAAGCAGGGGUGCCUUGCCUGGGGUCCUGUGGUGAUGCGCUCAAAGAAUGAGCCUGAUGUGCAAGGGGGUGAAGCCCAGGCACACAGUGCUGUUGGGCCCCCUCACUUUGAAAAACAAGGGAGUGUGCUAAGAGGCAGCAGAGUGUGGCCAAGGUCCCCAGCACCUGCUGGGAAAGCUGCUGGUAAUCCAGGGAAGAGAAAGCUGAGCACAUCCAAGCACAGGCUUCAGAGUGCCCCAGCCUCCAGGGAGGGCGCCUGGGCUAAAAAUGAGCAGCAGCAGGCUGCCUCUGGGAUACCAAGGAGGAGGAAGAGGCGCAUCUCCACCUCCCCCAAAGCCCCAAAGCCACAAGCAAGAGCACAGUGUGCAGGCCUAGAGAUCCGGGCUAUUGGAGCCCAGAGGAAGACCAUCUUCCCAGAGGCCAAGGGGGACCCCAGCCCAGGGACCCUGAAGGCAGAUGCGAAGGAGGCAUCUGCAGCCUGCAUGCCUCCUAUCCCAAGGCUGAGGAGGUCGCUCCGCCUUGCUAGCAGAAAAAGGAAGAUCCACAUGCUGUGGCCCCUGUACAGGGUCCCGGAACUGGAACCUCAAGUGCACUCAAAGGCGGCCAGCACCAGGUUCCAGAGGAGAGGGGCCGCGACUCAAGAAGACAGCCAAGCCAACAUGGGGGCUUCUUCUGCCCAGGGUCCGAAUACCAUUGAACGAGGAAUGCUGGUCUGGUUCAAAUUUCAGGACCUUCCAUUCUGGCCAGCGGUGGUCAAGAGCAUCAGCCAACACGACAAGAUGGCAAGGGUGCUGUUGAUCGAAGGCAACAUGCAACUUGAGCGCAGCGGUAUUCGUGUCCCUCUCCACAAGCUGAAGCAUCUGGACUGUAGGGAGAAGAUAUCGCUCUUGAGAAGAGCCAGCAGAGUGUACAGCCAUGGCAUAGGCUGGUGCUUUUCAGUGAUCAACCACUACAGAGAGAACCUGGCCUGCGGCUCCUCCCUUGGCUCCUUUAUGGACUACUACAACGCCCGAGCCAGCUACCCGCUAAGGAGGGCCAUCCAAGAGGGCGACCUGCACAUUGACUUCCCCAAGGUGAACUAUGCUGACUUAGAAGAUUGGGAAGAGGAGACAGCCCUGGCUGUGAAGGGGCCCCACAAGAAACUCCUGCCUGAUCGCAUGAGGGCUGCAUGGGACAGAAGCAACAAGAAGCUAGUAGACUUCAUCGUCAAGAGGAAAGGGGCUGACCAGCACCUACUGGACAUCGUGAAGGGCAGAACACAGUCCAAGUGGUUAGACAACCUCCGGAAAUCUAAAAGGAAAGUCUUCUGCAUUGAGACCUACCUGGAGGAUGAUGACCAGUUGUAUCUUGUGGCCAGCCAUUUGCAAAAAUUAGCCAAGGAAGCAGAUGAGGCCUUACUCUCCCUGACAAGAGGAGACAAAGUGCGCUUUACCAUGGAGGUUCUCCUUCCAGAAGCAGUCAUCUGCUCCAUCGCUGCCCUGGAGGAGCUCAGCUACAAGGAUGCAGAAGAGAAGUACCUGCGCGGCCCACCUGUGCACUACCGAGAGAAAGAGCUCUUCGACAAGACCAUCCUAAAGGCUGCCAGUAAGAGGUCAGCAGCCAGGAUUUGGACUGUCAGCGCCCCUCCUGCGCUUGGUCCCACUUCUUAG